UGCCCAUCUGAUGGGGAAAUGGCUGAUGCCCAGAACAUUUCGCUGGACAGCCCAGGGAGUGUGGGAGCCGUGGCAGUGCCUGUGGUCUUUGCCCUGAUCUUCCUGCUGGGCAUAGUGGGCAACGGGCUGGUGCUCGCGGUGCUGCUGCAGCCUGGCCCAAGUGCCUGGCAGGAGCCAGGCAGCACCACAGAUCUGUUCAUCCUUAACCUGGCGGUGGCCGACCUCUGCUUCAUCCUGUGCUGCGUGCCCUUCCAGGCGGCCAUCUACACGCUGGAUGCCUGGCUCUUUGGGGCCCUCGUCUGUAAGGCCGUGCACCUGCUCAUCUACCUCACCAUGUACGCCGGCAGCUUCACGCUGGCCGCCGUCUCGGUGGACAGGUGCGCUGUGCCUGGGGCCUGGCUGGGUCGGGCUGGGGAGGAAAGACUUGGUGUCCCUGGCCCAUUGGAGCCGGAUAAAGAGGCCCAGAGCCCUCGACUAAUGGCAGACAGUUCAGCUCAGCACACGGGACCUUAG